CCACUUGCAAUUCCAGCCAUAGAAAGCACACCUUACAUGCGUGACGAUCCAGUGUGAUUGUUAGGGAACUAAGAUGAAGGCUGAGGUUGUAAGCCUCCUGCUGCUCCUGUUCACAUGUACACAUGGACUUCAGAGAGGCAAGGAUUACUUCAAAGAAAAAGUCUGCAAUGAAUACAACACAUUUGGAGAAAGGAAUUUUCGCUUCUUGUCAAUCACCAUAAACAGCAGGAAGUAUUGUAAUGCCACCUUUGAACAAAUCAUCAGCCUCGUCAACGACAUGGUGGACUUGGCCAAAAAAUGUUGUACCGCAGGAGCUGCUCCAGACUGCUAUGAAAACGAGUCGACUGCUUUCUCUGAAAAAUCCUGCCGCCCAGAUGCUCCCUUCCCAAGACAUCCAGGGAUAGCUGGAUGCUGCAGGGAACAAGGACUUUCUCGAAAGCUGUGCCUGGCGGCCUUGAAACACAUACCUAAGGAGUUCCCGACCUACGUGGAGCCAUCCAAUGAGGAAAUAUGUGAUGCCUUCAAGAAAGACCCUCAGGGAUUCGAAGAGAGGUUUUUGGCUGAGUAUUCCAGUGACUACAGCUAUGCUCCUUUGCCAAUCUUGCUGAAUGCUACAAGAAAUUAUUUGUCCUUUGUGAGAACUUGCUGUGCCAGCACACAACGUAACAUCUGCUUUUUGAAAGAGAGGUUACAACACAAACGUGUCCAGACAUUUGCCCACCUGUCAAACAAAGCCUGCGCUCUCCACGCCUUGCUUGGGGAAAAUAAAACGAAAGUCAGCUACUUAAUAAAAUUUACCCAGCAGACUCCAAGCCUGCCUUUUGAGAACGCCAUGACCCUGGCUGGAGAAGCAUCCAAAAUUCUUUCCAAGUGCUGCGCUAGUUUGGAAGAAAAUUGUAUCCAGAAUGAGCUCAAACGUCACAUCGCCCACAUCUGCAACACGGCCUGUGCUGGGAAUGAAAGGAUCAGAACCUGUUGCACUACGAAAGAUGACGUGGGAAAAUACUUGUGCAUUUACUCGCUCCCGUGGGCCAAACGUUCAGAAGCCCCUCAGUCUCCCAGUUUGAUUGAUGAAGGUGUUUGCAGAGAAGGUGGUGAAAUAGACGUUUAUCGAAAUAUUUUUGACGUGGCUCGGAUAUAUACCCGUGCUCCAGAGGCUCUUAUCAUUACUUUGUAUUCUGCCAGCCAAGCUGCCGCCACUGACUGCUGUGACUUAGUAGACGUCAGACGUUGUUUUGCGGAAAGGGACUCCACAAUAGCGCCUUUGCAGGCUUUGGUAGAAAAAGGGAAUGAGAUUUGUGGGGAAUAUGCAGAUCACACUUAUGUGGAAUUCCUCAAGAGGCUAAAAGCAAAUGUAUUAACCCUGCUCCCGGCUGGUACUUUGAACACAGAGGAUCAGGUGUCUACUCUGCUUGAACAAAGGAUUGGUUACGCUACCAAGUGCUGUCAUCUGAACGCACCUCCAAUAUAUUGUGGGAUACAGCAAUUAAUGAGUCAAGUUUAACUGGAUGAGACUUGAUUAAGUGGAGAUGGAACAGGUGUUCCAAGUCCCUGCUCCCCAAAAUGUACACAAAAGAAUUAAAAACUGUAAUUGAAUUAAUCCAUCAA